AUGGCCUUUCUGGAUAUGGCUACUAUCCUGACUUACUACAAAUUUGCACAGGAAAGACCCUUGUCACUCUGUAAUGAGAAAUGCCAUUCAGGUUACAGAAAGACCAAAAUUGAAGGAAAAUUGUUUUGCUGCUAUGAUUGCACUCCAUGUCCAAAGGGGAAGAUCUCAGACCAGACAGUUUUUGUGCUAGGAAUCUUUGUGAAGUACCACAACACUCCCAUCGUCAAAGCCAACAACCGCAGCCUCUCCUACACCCUUCUUUUCUCCCUCCUCCUCUCCUUCCUCUGUUCUCUGCUUUUCAUCGGUCGACCCACGAAGGUGACCUGUCUCCUUCGACAGACUGCUUUUGGGAUCAUCUUCUCAGUGGCUGUUUCUUGCAUGUUGGCCAAAACCAUCACUGUGGUUCUUGCUUUCAUGGCAACCAAGCCAGGAUCAAAGAUGAGGACCUGGGUUGGGAAAAGACUGGCCCUUUCCAUUAUUCUCUCCUGUUCUCUUAUUCAAAGCACUUUUUGUAUUGUAUGGAUGGGAAUUUCUCCCCCUUUCCCAGACUUUGAUGUGUGGUCCAUGAAUAGUGAAAUAAUUAUAGAAUGUAAUGAAGGUUCGGUGGCAAUGUUUUAUUCUGUGUUAGGUUUUAUGGGCUUCCUGGCCUUUGUUAGUUUUAUUACAGCUUUCCUAGCCAGGAAACUACCAGACACUUUCCAGGAAACCAAGUCGAUUACUUUCAGCAUGCUGGUGUUUUGCAGUGUCUGGUUAUCUUUUGUGCCUGCCUACAUAAGCACCAAAGGAAAAUACACAAUAGCUGUGGAGAUCUUUGCCAUAUUGGCCUCUAGUGCUGGGCUCCUGGCUUUUAUCUUUUUCCCCAAAUGUUACAUCAUUAUAAUUAGACCAGAUCUUAAUAAAAGAGAGCAAUUAAUAAAAAGAGCAAAUUAA